AUGGAAAAUCAAUUGGUUGCUUAUAAAGUGUACAUAAAUACUGAAAAUGGUCAAAAGCCAGAAGUUCGAAGAUUUGAAGUUUCAAAGAAUUUAGCUUUUGAUUUUUUACAUAUUAAACAAAAAAUUGUGCAGUUUUUUCCAACAAUUGCAAAUGAAACAUUUUCUGUUUAUUGGAUUGAUGAAGAUGGAGAUGAAAUUUCAAUAUCAUCUGAUGUUGAGUUAGAAACUGCUUUGCUUGAAACAAAGUCAGAUGUAAAAAAACUUUAUGUGAAAGUUAAUCAUAGUAAUUCGGAUCAUUUUUACACUUCUGAAAAUGAUAAUUUAAAUGCUUGGCACCCAGUUAUUAUUUGUGAUAGCUGCGAUAAUAAAGUUAAGGGUUUUAGGUACAAAUGCCUAGUUUGUCCAGAUUAUGAUUUGUGCAGUUCUUGUGAAAAAACUUCAUUACAUUCAGAGCAUCCUAUGAUUAGAUUGUCCGACGCAUAUGUAUUGGACAGAAGAACAUUAUAUAAAUUAAUGAAAUUUUUCUCAUCGCAUAAAUCUGAUGACUUGAAACAAAAUUCUCACCACAAUAAAAAAAAAUCUUUCAAGUGUACAAAUUCGGAAUUUUGUAAAAAAGAAAAGUAUGAAAAAAGUAAUUCAAAUCCUAAAACUGAAAAUUUGAAUGGAAGUGGUUGUAGAAGACAUCACGGAUUUGGAAAAUGGAAAACCUUUAAUGUAGAUGUGUGCAAACAACUGAUUGAAGAAUACUUACCAUAUCUUGAUCCCGUUUAUUUUGAAAGUGAAACUGAUAAAAAAGAGAACAAACAGAAAAAUUCUGAUGCAAGCAAUAAUACUGAGGAACCUCCUCAUAUAAAUUAUUUAAGAAACAUUGGAAAAACUAUUACAUCUAUUCUCGAUCCUUUAGGCAUUGAUGUUGACAUUGAUGUUAAGCCAUCCUCUUCCAAAGGAAAUGAAAAAAUGAAAGAAGAAACUAAAGUAUCAUCUGAUACUUCCACUUCAACAGAAGACAAAAAAGAAUCAACAAUUAAAAUCUCACCUGAAAAAUCAAGCUAUGAAAGUAAAGUUGACAUUAAGCCUGAAUCGGUGAAUAAAAAUACUAACUUUUCAAAAGAGCAGCCAUCUUCUUCUUCAGAGUCGAAUAAGAGUCAGAAAUCGAUAUAUCCUGAUUUAAGGCAGGAUACUUCUAGUUCUCACAUUGAAGAGAUGCUUGAAAAAAUGCUUGAAAUGGGAUUCGAUAAUGAAGGUGGAUGGUUAACUCAUUUACUCAAAGCGAAAAAUGGCGAUAUUGAUCAAGUUUUAAAAGUUCUUGCUCCUCAUAAGUAA